AGGACCUUUCUGUCGGAUCAGUAAGGGUGUCCAGACAAAGGGUCGUUGCCUUCUCCUCCAGGUAUUUUCCCGCGGUGAUCGACGGUGGGUAUCGAGUGUUACGGCCACAGCUCAGAGACAGGAAGAGGAGGAAGAAGAUUACGCUUGGAGAUUCAGUGGGUGGUUGUUGGUUGAGCAAUUAAGCAUAUAAUUUUUGAGCCUACGUCUUUGAUUCACCGAUUUGACUCCGUCCCGUGGAAGGGAAAAGGUGAAGGGGCAGCGCGAUGGGAUCGAGCAGCAGUCGGCUCGGUGGUUGUUCUCGUCGUCGCCCCUCCCGCUUCCGGGCCCAUCGAAGAAGCCGUGCCAUCGCUCCUCCCACGCACUCCUCCCUCGCUUCUGCUUCUUCCUCUCCCACUUUUCCUCUUCCGGAGAUGGAACAUCAUUCAGCUAACGUGUUAGAAACCAGUGUUGGACCUCAUCGUACAACCAGCGGCCAUUGCUGCUUGAACCUUGUGGAGUCCUCAGUCAUUCUUACUUCUGCUGAUAGUGCCACAUCCAGGAAGGAAAAAGGCACACCUCUUCAAGCCGGUAAUGGUACCACUGAAACUCUUGCUGUGGGUUACGGUUCAAGAAAUUUUGAAUCAAAGGAUAAAGAAGCUUGGGUUUCUGAAACAAAGGAAACUUUGAUUCCUUAUCAGGACCUUGCUACUGAUGGAUUGGCAAAGUAUGAUUUCAAGAGGUCCUGUGAUAUUGCUAGUACUUCCACUGAGCUGCAGCCACAGGACUCAAAAUCUGUGAAAGAGAAGUCCAACACUUGUGCAUCAUUGCAGGAUGAUUGUGCGAAGGUGUUAACUGUUUCAGAUCUUCGUGCUGAUGCUUUGUGUGAGAGAAAUUUUCCUCUUCCAGAUCAUAAUCGUUCUUUCUCAUUUGUAAAUUGCGUGUCACCACUUAGAAAUUCAAUAGAUGGUUCUGUGGGUGCACAGACUUCUGGUUCAACUUCUGAACCAGUGGGUUGUAGUUCCCUUAGUUGGGAGUUUGAAUGUGAAGACUCUAUUCAAGAAAGACAGAAUCCUGACUCUUCCAUCCCUCUUGAGCAAAGAGAACAGAGGAAUAGGACUGCACUUCAUGUUGAUAUUCUUAGCAUCUCGUCUGGCACUGUGUCUAGUGCUGCACAAGAAGUAUAUAACAGGGAAGCAAGAAGAACCAGUAGGAGACUAAUUUGGGAUGCUUUUUCAAGACACAGCUCCAGAAGGCCUAGUACCUCUACGACUAUAUUGCCUCCAGCUGAGGAAAAUGAUGAACUUGUAACUCAGGACAGAUGGACUCUCGGUUUUGGUGGCGACCUUCUUGACAGUGGGAGUGAUUUUAGAUAUCCAAGUAACAGAGGUGAUAGAGCAUCUGAAAGAUGGUGGCGGCCUAGACCGGAGGUGUGGCCCUUAGAGAAGAAUGAGAAUAAUGAGCCAAACAGUUCGUCCAUGUAUUGUGCAUCUGGCCUCCAUGAGAAUGGCACUUGCUCAUGUGAGAGUUUCUUGAUGGAAGAUACUGGUACCCGUGCAAGCAUCUCUCGCAUAGUAAUGCUUGCCGAGGCAUUAUUUGAGGUUUUAGAUGAAAUACAUCGCCAACCUGGUCCACUUUCUCUUUCAGUAGUCUCACUCCCAGCCCCUGAGACUCUCGUGGAUUCUUUACCUGUUAAGAUUCACCAUAAGACAUAUCAAAAUAGGCAGGAUGAGGACAUGGAACAAUGUUAUAUCUGCCUAUCAGAGUAUGAAGAAGGAGAUAAGGUCAGAGUCCUUCCCUGCUGCCAUGAAUAUCAUAUGAUGUGCAUUGACAAAUGGCUAAAAGAGAUACACAGGGUUUGUCCUCUUUGUCGUGGGGAUGUUUGCGCUAGUAGUUCUGAGUGCUCAAUCUCAAAUUCCGGCAUUCCUUGACCGCGGCUGUUCAUGUACUUUGGCAAGUUCUACAUAUAUGUAUACAUAUGAAGCUUUUCUCUUUGGUAACGUUCAUUCUUGCUUCACGUGGACUUCUACAGAAGCAGUUCGCUGGAAAAAAAAAGACCAAAUCCAUGGCUGGUCAAGUAUUAAAACAAAUGGGCCCAGUAGCAGGCACUUGAUGUUUGAUAGACUUCGGACAAGUUACUUACCAAUGAAUUGCUUUGAGAAGGAUCGAUC